UGCCGAUUCCCUCUACAGCACACUAAUGCUCCGUCAACUUCGCCAGCCUCUGCUCGCAGCUCGCCGCUCCUUCACUGCGGCCGAAUGCGGUCUCUCCCGGUCGAUGUCGUCCAGUAGGGAGCUCGGCCUAUUCACACCUACAGAAGAGCACGGUGCUCUGCGCGAGAUGCUUGCGGGCUUUGUGAAGACAAAGGUGGACCCGCAGGCAUUGGAGCACGACCGCGAAGAGAAGUUCAACGUCAAGCUCUUCCGCGAGCUGGGAGACCUUGGUCUGCUGGGUAUCACCGCGCCCGAAAAAUACGGCGGAUCAGAGAUGGAUGCACUUGCGGCUGUGAUCGCCCACGAGGAGCUCUCGUCCAGCGAUCCGGCCUUCUGCUUGUCCUUCCUGGCACACUCAAUGCUGUUUGUGAACAAUGUUGCACGCAAUGCGUCGGACGCUCAAUGCCAGAAGUACCUCCCUGACGCUUGCUCAGGUGCCAAGAUCUGCGGGAUGGCCAUGAGUGAGCCCUCAGUCGGUACGGAUGUCUUGGGCAUGCGCACAACGGCGAAGAAGUCUGACUGUGGCAAGUAUUACCUGCUGAACGGAACCAAGAUGUGGAUUACGAAUGGUGCUCUGAAUGAUACCGAAUUGGGCGACACCUUCUUGGUGUAUGCACGCACUGGCAACUCGGGGAAAGCCAAGCAAGACUUCUCAUCGUUCCUUGUUGAGAAGGGCUUCGAAGGUUUCUCACUGGGUCAACGCAUCAAGGACAAAUGCGGCAUGCGUGCGUCGAACACGGCCGAGCUGGUGUUCGAGAACUGUAAGGUACCCGUCGAGAACAUUGUGGGCACAGAGGGCAGCGCUGUGCUCUGCAUGAUGCGCAACCUCGAGAUCGAGCGUGUUACUCUGGCUGCCAUGAGCCUGGGCAUUGCUCGACGUUCGUUGGAGGUCAUGAGCAACUACGCCAAGGAGCGUGAAGCCUUCGGUCGACCUCUUAACAACUUUGGGCAGAUCCAGAAAAACAUUGCCGAGUCGUACGCGGAAUACAUGGCUGGACGUGCGUAUGUGUACAACACAGCGAGAAAAUUAAAGCUGGACUCGGUGGGUAAUCGCGUGGAUACGGAUGGUGUGAAGCUCUACUGCGGUGACAUGGCGAAGCGCGUAGCCGACCGCGCCAUCCAAACGCUGGGCGGCUACGGCUAUGUGGGUGAGUACAACGUGGAGCGCCUCUGGCGCGACUCCAAGCUACUCGAGAUCGGCGGAGGAACCAACGAAUCGCACCAUAAGAACAUGGUCCAGGACCUUGUCCGCAAUGGGCUCUGAUCUGGUCGCUGGGUCAAAUGCCGCCACCACAUGGUGAAGGAAAUGAAAUGAUUUCUUGAGUAUAGCAAGCAAGACACUUGAAGGGGGUGCUAGCUCUAAUUGGAAUAGAUCUUGUCGACGAGAUACCUUCGACGCUUGUUGCACUCACGCCGGCCUUCCAGACGAGAACCGCUAAAGAUAUCGAACUUUUUCGCUAAGCGGC